UUUUGUUGGAUUUGCAAUAUAAAAGGCCUCGAUUGAUCGAUACACCACACAGUUUUCUCAACACCUUCCUUCAGUAACUAUCCAUUUUCUUUUGGAACUUACUUAAUCUAUCACAAUGUUCAGGAUUGUGCUUCUGUUCGCCGCUGUGGCUCUUACUCAGGCCAUCGUUCCUGUCCCAGCCGCUUAUCCAGCCUAUGCUGGACACGGUCUCGUGACACCGGCCGUCACAAGCCAACACGCUAACAUCCUUAGGUCAUACGGAAAUCUUGGACAGAUCUCCACCUACUCCAAGACCAUCGACACACCCUACUCCUCAGUUAGCAAGUCUGAUGUUCGUGUCAGCAAUCCCGGCUAUGCCGUUGCUGCUCACGCUGCCUACCCAGCCGCUUACCACGCACCCUAUGCCCAUGCUGCCUACGCCCCAGCCGUUCACACCGCCUACCACGCCCCUGCCGUCCACGCCGCCUACCCCGCUGCCUACGCCCAUGCCCCAGUUGUAGCCAAAGCCGUAGCCCCAGCUGGCGGACUCCUCGGAGUUGCCUACUCUGCUGCUCCAGCUGUCGCCCAUAUGUCCUACUCCAACGGUCUGGGUAUCAACUAUGCCUGGUAAAUUUACAAAAUGUACCAAGGUCUCCCCAACGAAGCACAGCACGCGAUCUUUCACACCCUCUUGUAAAUACUCUAUUCAAAAUCUUCGACGGUCAUCAUGACCAUCUCCGAAACACCUGUGUAUUUAUUACCUCUCAAUUCUCAAUCUUGCGGUCUGCAGUCUUUGUAAGAUAAUAAUUUAUUUGAAUAAAGUUUAGUUACAAAA